UAUUAUGCGCGAUUGUCCAAAUCCUAGGAAGGUAUUAUUCUCUCAAGCUACGGGGUAUGAAUUAUUUGAUGAUGAAGAGGAUAAUGACGAGGAUCCGAGAACUGUUUAUGAUGACCUUGCUGAUAAGGAGCCUUAUACUUAUGGUCCCCCGGACUUGAAUGAAGGAACGCCUCUUUCUCUUGUAGCUCGUCGUGCUUUGACAGUGAAAGAUGCUUCUGUAGGGGACCAACGAGAGAAUUUAUUUCACACAAGGUGCCUUGUGGGUACUUCAUCUUUGAGUGUGAUAAUAGAUAGUGGUUCUUGCUGCAACAUCUUAAAUGAGAAAGUAGUGAGGGUCUUAAACUUACCUACUUCACCACAUCCUCAACCGUAUAGCCUCCAAUGGAUUUCGGAAGGUAAAGGUGAUGUGGUAACAAGGCAAUGCCACAUCACAUUCUCUAUUAGUACAUAUGUUGAUACAGUUACUUAUGAUGUUGUGAUGAUGAUGGAUGCUACUCACCUCUUUCUAGGUCGCCCUUGGCAAUAUGACAAAAAGACCGUGCAUGAUGGGUUCUUUAACACAUACACCUUCCAACACAAGGGGCAUAGGGUAACUCUUCUCCCCAUGACACCACAGGAAAUAAUCCAUGACCAUGUGGAAAGAGACCGCAUCAAAGUCUUGGAGCAGACAAAAGAAGCAAUCAAGCCCAUGGCAACUACCGGGCCCCAGCAUUCGCCUAAUCUCAAAGCAUCAACCAAUGCGGACCACUCUACAGGUCCAAGAACCUUGCGGGUUAUCCCCACCACCCAUGAAGCCCCUUUGACCAAUGAAGAAACUAGGGGAAAGGCCAGAAAGCAACAGGUCCCAAUGCAGCACACCGGCCACCGGGACAAAGCACAACAGCUUCUUAGGGCAACUGCAAUCACCGAAAUUGGAUCCGAAAUGCCUGCAGACCCUACAUCUACAAUUCAGGGUUGUUGUGAGCGACGAUUACUCAUGGCACGUUCGAGAGAAAUCACCCCAAUCGUUCAGGGACGUUCUCCUUGCUUCUUAUUGAUUCCUAUUGCGUAUCUGUCUAUUUUUAAAACUGUAGAUGAUUUACCCUUUUCUGUGACUUGUCUUUUGCAGGAGUUCGCGGAUGUUAUGCCUGAUGAGAUUCCCGAAGGUCUUCCUCCACUUCGUGGGAUCAAACACCAUAUUGAUUUAAUUCAUGGGGCUUCUUUGCCUAAUCGUGCAGCCUAUCGGGCAAGUCCGGAGGAGACUAAGGAACUCCAGCAUCAAGUCAUCGAGCUCUUAGAGAAGGGCUAUAUACGAAAGAGUUUAAGUCCUUGUGGCGUACCGGUAAUUUUAGUACUAAAGAAGGAGGGUACAUGGAGAAUGUGCAUGGACUGCAGGGCCAUUAAUCAAAUAACGGUAAAGUAUCGUCAUCCAAUUCCUCGCCUAGACGACAUGCUCGAUGAGUUGCAUGGAGCCAUCCUCUUUUCCAAGAUCGAUCUUAGGAGCGACUACCAUCAAAUAUGCAUGAAAGAAUGUGAUGAAUGGAAGACAACUUUCAAAACAAAGUAUGGCCUUUAUGAAUGGCUUGUGAUGCCAUUUGGACUCACCAAUGCUCCCAGUACCUUUAUGAGAUUGAUGAACCAUGUACUUAGACAUUUUUUAGGGAAAUUUAUGGUUAUGUAUUUUGAUGACAUUUUAGUGUAUAGUCGGUCUUUAGAUGAACAUGUUUCUCAUCUUAGACAAGUCCUACAAUGUCUUAGGAACGAGCAAUUGUACGUCAACUUGUCAAAAUGUGUGUUUUACUCGGACACUACUAUUUUCUUAGGAUUUAUAGUUUCUAGGGAUGGGCUACGUGUGGAUGAGGAAAAGGUCCGUGCUAUCAAGGAGUGGCCUACCCCUACUACAGCGACCAUGGUGCGGUCUUUCUUAAGGUCGACUAGAUUUUAUAGGCGGUUUGUGAGGGAUUUUAGCUCAAUAGUCGCGCCCCUACAUGAGUUGACAAAGAAGGGCACCACCAUUACUUAGGAGUUGAAGCAUGAGGCAGCCUUCAUGACCCUUAAGGAUCGCCUAUGCCAUGCUCCUUUGCUACAAUUACCGAACUUUAAUAAAACCUUUAAGGUUGAGUGCGACGCCUCCAACAUCGGGAUAGGUGGAGUUCUUAUUCAAGAACGCCGCCCCAUUGCAUAUUUCAGCGAGAAGUUGUCCAGUGCCACUCUCAACUAUCCUACUUAUGAUAAAGAGCUUUAUGCUCUUAUUCGGGUAUUGAAGACAUGGCAACAUUAUUUGUGGCCUAAGGAGUUCGUCAUCCAUACGGACCAUGAGGCCUUGGCUUAUCUCAAGCACCAAUUCACUAUUGGCCGUCGGCAUGCUCGGUGGAUAGAGUUCAUGGAGACCUUUUCGUAUGUGGUGCUUCAUAAAAAAGGUAAGGAGAAUAUGGUAGCCGACACCCUUUCUCGCAUGUAUGUUCUCUUAUCUUCCUUUGAUGCAAAAGUCUUUGGAUUUUCUUUAAUUAAGGAAUUAUAUAAACAUGAUACUUUCUUUAAAUUUAUUUAUGACACUUGCGCAUCUCAAGGAGCCUUAGAGACCUAUUUCCUUGACCAAGGGUACCUCUAUAUGGGUGGAAAAUUAUGCAUUCCAUCGUCUUUUAUUAGGGGUCUCCUAAUUAAGGAAGUACAUGAGAGUAGAGCACAUUUCGGGAUAUAGCCAAAACCGUAGCCGCUCUUAAGGAACACUUUUAUUGGCCACACAUGACUAAACAAGUAAAAAAAAAUUUGCAAUGCUUGUGUCACUUGCUAUAAAGCCAAGUCUAAGUCAAGCUCCUCACUUUACACACCCUUACCCAUACUAUAGGCACCUUGGGAGGAUAUAUCUAUGGAUUUUGUGAUGGGGUUGCCAAGAUCUAAGAAGGGGAGGGACUCUAUUUUCGUGGUGGUCGAUCGAUUCUCUAAGAUGGCUCAUUUUAUACCAUGUCUAUCCAUUCAGCUAUGAAGAUGUCCCCGUUUGAAGUUGUGUAUGGCCGCAACCCUUUGUCACCUUUGGACUUGGUGCUACAUCCUUUGAAAGAUGAAGACCACGUCCGUGGAGCUGCACAGGCCGAGAUGAUUCAGGAGUUGCAUGCUAAGACUAAGGAGCAGCUGGAACGGAGAGCCAGGCAGCUGGAGCACAAGGCCAACAAGGGCCGACGCCGUAUCACAUUUGCUCCCGAAGACCUUGUCUAGUUGCAUUAAGGAAUGAGUGUUUCCCGUCUAGGAGACGUUAUAAACUAGCCCCGAGAGGAGAUGGACCCUUCAAGGUCUUGGAAGCAUAUGGACCUAAUGCCUACAAGCUGGAGCUUCCUCAUGAUUAUGGGGUGCAUGCGACCUUCAACGUUGCCGACUUGUCUCCUUACACUCCACCAGACCUUGACAUUGAUGAAUUAGGGACGAUUCGAGGCCAAGAAGGGGAUAGUGAUGCAGUUCCACCAUUGCCAUUGACGGAGGCUAAAGAGGAAGACAUGUUGAGCGUUCGCUCAAACGGACCUAUCAUGAGGGCUCGUGCCAAAGCUAUUGCUCAAGCCACUUCGAGCAUUGUCUCCAAGGCCUUUGCAAGGAAUGGAGCAUCCUCAAUUUCCACACCCACCUUCAAGAUUUUAUCAUUGUCUACUUGGCAUGAAGAGACUUUCUAAAACUUAAACUUUCAUCUUUGGGUUUAUAUUGCUAUUUGUUUUUAUUUUUUAUUUGUUUGUAUAUAUUCACCUUGUUUUCCUUUAUUAGAAAUCUAGGUUUAGGGUUCCCAUAUAUAUAUGGGAUAUUGGUUUUGUUUUAGGGCACGUUGAAUUAUAAAACAAGAGAUUUCAGAGA